AAGAUAGGUUUAUGAAUAUUACAAAAAGAUCAAGAGAUCUACCUGUUUGUUCUAUAUAACAAUAGUCACCUAGAAUUUGUUUGCUUUAUAAACCAAUGAGGCAUAAUGUAUAAAAUCAUGCAGGCAGGCUCAAAUCCCAUCAAUGAUUAUGCAACUUUAGUUACACUAUUUCCUUCCCCAUUUUGCUUAUUACACCUGAGAGUUGUGGUGUAGAAUCCCUCAGGCAGAAUUAUGGAAUUAUCUUGUCAGAGAAUUUCCUUCUACAUAGACAAAGAAAAAGAAAUGUAAUAUUUUUUAUAACCAUGCCAGCUGUAUAUCUUUAUUGGGAUUAAUUCCUUAGAGAAUAAUCUACCAAGUUCUCAUAAAUAUAUAGUAUUUUAAAAAAAUGGUAUAAACUGAUAACCUAUGCAGAAGGCAUACCAAAGUCAUAAACCAUUUAUAGGGUACAUAUAAAAUUUAAAUUGUUUUACAAAAAAAAAAAGUAUUAUUAUACUUUUGCAUUAAAGCACAAUUCACUAAAUUCAUGAGAAUUUAUAUCAUUAAAAAAUAAUAAUAAUCGUAAUAAUAAUAAUUAAAAAAAAAAAAAAAGGUUCGUUUCAGCAAACCUGCAUGAUGCCUGGAUUAUAAGGCGCAGUAUCUGCCUGCUAAGGUUAUUUAUGGCAAGGUGCAGGACACUUUUGGCACACCAGCAGUGCAGACUGCCUGGCGAGUCUGAGAAUCAGGCACGCAAAAGCAAGGCACCCAUCAUUGCGUCUAGGAUUGUUUGUAGUGCAUAACUUCCAAAGAAUAACUUUCAACUCAAAUGAAAAUAAAGUGCUCAAAAACAAGGAAUGUUUUCAUCAGAAAAGAGUGAGUGAGUGCUGAUAUUCACCAUGGUCGAUUUUACGUCACGAGGCCCCUGGGAAGAAUUAGGACGACGCCUUCUCUCCCUGGGCAGGUAGAGGCCGUUACCCCGAGUGGCUGACGUUCGCAACCUCGGACCGCAGGCAAGACUGGAACCCGAUGAUCAUCAUGAAAAGUAUCGCGCUGGUGGUGACGGCGGCGGCCUUCUUCGCCGGCAUCGUGGCCCUCAGCUUGUUCGUGAGCCAGUGGACGGACGGCGGCUUCUCGUGGCCCGUGGAGCAAAGCAGGGCCAUCACGGACGAAUUCAUCAACAGCGAGGUCAAUCCUGAAAAUAUCAGAAACAACCUUAGGCAUUUGACUUCUCGACCUCACCUGGGUGGAACUGAGGCCGAGUGGGAGAACGCGCGGUGGGUCGCGGACGUCUGGAGAGAGCAGGGCCUCGACGACGUUCAUCUGGUGCCUUACGAUGUCCUGCUCUCUUACCCAAAGAAUGAUACGCCCAACUUGGUCCGGAUCGUGAAUUCAGUCGGCGAGGAGAUCUGGGCGUCCCACGGAUGGCAGAAGCCGAUUUAUGCUCCCGAGGAAUCGUCUUCAGAAGUCCUUCCUAACUUCAACGCCUAUUCUGCCCCAGGAAAUAUCACGGGAGAUGUGGUGUAUGCAUAUUUCGGCCGUGACCAAGACUUCAAGAAAUUGGAGGAACUUGGUAUCAAUGUCAAAGGAAAGAUAGUUUUGGCUCGGUAUGGUGAGGUCUUCAGGGCCAACAUCGCAUCGACGGCGGAGCGCCAGGGGGCCGCCGGGGUCUUGCUCUACAGCGACCCCCAGCAGUACGCCCCCCUUGGUGAGGACGCCGUAUACGCGGACACCGUGUACAUGCCCGGCUCCGCUGUGCCGGCCGGGACAGUGUACCUGAUGGACGGCGAUCCUCUCACACCUUUUUAUCCCUCUGUUGAGAGCGCCUACAGGUUACCCGAAGAGGAGGCCAGCCUUCCCAAAAUUCCCAUCCAGCCAAUUAGCUACGACGACGCCAGAGAGAUCCUCGGUCGCAUGAAUGGACCCGAGGCGCCAGAGGAGUGGCGAGGGGGACUGAAUAUUACGUACCGUCUAGGACCGGGUUUCCAGGAGGCGGGCUGGGAAGUCCACCUCGAAGUGCAUACACACAACGUCCGCACAACCACUUACAACGUCGUGGCUGCCAUCAGGGGGAGCGAGGAACCAGACAGAUACGUGAUACUCGGAAACCACCGCGAUGCCUGGGUAUUUGGCGGCAUAGAUCCCUCGUCGGGCACGGCUGCCUUGCUGGAGGUGACGCGUGUGCUGGCCAGCCUCAAGAACGAGACCGGCUGGAAACCUCGUCGGUCUCUGGUGGUGUGUUCGUGGGGCUCCGAGGAAUACGGCCUCAUAGGGUCCCAGGAGUGGUCGGAGCAGUUCGGGAAACAGCUGAUGGACAGGGCAGUGGCUUACCUCAAUGUUGAUAUGGCCAUUGAAGGGAACUACACUUUACGUACGAAAGGCGUUCCUUUGUUGUAUGACUCCGUGUUCGAGGCGGCGGCAAAGGUGCCCAAUCCCGACCCGUCCGAGGUGCAGGCUGGGCGGACGACCGUGUACGACACUUGGGCAGCACGACAGCCCGACGACGACCACCCUGGACGCCCCAGAGUGAAGAACGUCGGUUCGGGUAGUGACUACAAGUCCUUUUUGCAUAACCUUGGAGUCCCUGCGCUAGACAUCCGCUACACUCACGAGCCGGAAAUGUACGCUGAAUCCUUGUAUCAUACGCUGUACGAGACCUUCGCUUUAGUAGACGAGUUGUAUGACAUCGGGUUCAAUUUCCACGCAGCCCUUGCCAAGUUGUGGGCGAUUCUGGCAGUGGAUAUCGCCGAUGCUCUGUUGAUUCCUCUUAGCGUGGUGGAGUACAGCAACUUCCUGACGAAGGGACAACAGGAGCUGCUACAGGAGUAUGGUGAACUCAUCUCCUCCAGGAAUAUUACUAUGGAGUAUUUCGAGGCCUCAGUCACCGGUUUUUCACAAGCUACUCAGAAAUUCCUAGAUGAUUUAGACCUUCUGGAUACCACGGACGUUCUGGCGGUGCGCCGUGUCAAUGACCAGCUAAUGAUGGUGGAGCGGUCAUUCAUCGACCCUCGAGGUCUUCUGGGCCGACCAGAGUACAAUCACGUGAUCUUGGCGCCCAGCACCAGUAACAGUUACUCGGGAACCGCCUUUUCCGGCUUGACGGACCCUCUGGAGGGGAUCCAAGACCUGGAUCCUAUCCAGCAGGAGAUGCGAUGGACCCAGUUCUCGCAGAAUUUGGCCAUCAUCACCCACUUCAUCAAUACGGCAUCUAAGGUCCUCUCAGAUGACCUAUGGUAGAGUGGUCUUCCAUGCGGUAUUCUACCAGUUUAAUGAAGAAAUAAAUAUAUGAGCGUUUAGGUUAUAAAUUAUCCCAAGAGAGAGACGCGUUAGAUUAUGAAAAGCUGAAGAAAACACCAACCUACAGAAUCAUGGUAAAAGACUGGUUACAAUUCGCACGGAGUUCUGUUAUUCUGCACAAAAUAUACGCCGAACCUAAUA